AAACCAGGAAGUAAAGGGCGAGCAUUAAAUGUUAGACUACGGAGUUACUGUAGAAGUAUCAAAACAAAGCUACAUGUGUUUUAAUUAGUAUUCAACCGAUCAAAUAUCUUAAAUUAUUCUUAAACUAGUGCUAUACAGAUGGAGUGCGAUUUUCCAACCCUGCCAUUGGACUGUCUUGUUUGCAUCUUCUCCUAUUUAGACGCAGAAGAUCUGAUCACGGUUUCUUUAGUUAAUCAGUCAUGGAAUGGAGCUGCAGAAACAGCAUGGUUGUGGAGACAGCUGUGCAUGCACCGCUGGACGUUUUGCAACCUCUCAAAACUGAAUCCAGAAAUGAAGACGUGGAAAAAUUACUACCUUCGCCGGGCCAAGUUGGAGCAACACAUGACGUCAGGAAGAGCAUUUGCAGACUACACCUGUAAAACCUUGAGAGGUCACACCGGUAGUGUAGUUGGCUUGGUUUACCUCUCCGACAGAAAUCAUCAGUUUGAUUCAAAGUCCAUUGUUUGCUCUGCUUCCAGUGACGGCACCAUUCGAGCUUGGAGCAUUCAAGAGGGCAUUCAGCUGUGGUCAAGCCAAGUACAAGACGCGCCUUUGACAAAGAUUAUUGCUGAUCAGCAGACAGGCCUUGUGAUCAGCACGGACUCACAGGGGAGGAUUAAAGCCUGGAAAGCCCAAACAGGAGAUGAACUGGCUUCAUUCCCUACUGCAUCGUCAGCAUGCACAUUGCUAACCUACUACAGAAAAGACCAGUCUUUCUUGACCGCUGGUACAUCAGGCGGUGCACUUCACACAUUGACUAUCCCAGCUCUGUCUCAGGUUUCCCAUGUCAGAGCUUUCGAUACCUAUAAAAUAGAUAUUUUGUUAUUGUCACCAGACAAGCAUUGGGUAAUAGCUGCUUUAAGGGAAAGUUUAGAUUUGCACCCGAAGGUCUAUUUCACUGAGAGUUUAAGCUGUCCUUGUGAAGAUGAUCCACCUGUAUCUGCUUCCUUACCAGUUAACGGGUGCACAGCAGCAAGUUUCUUCCCCUCAGAAGCCGCCAGGGUGAUGAUCGUUCACAGUGACGGUCUGUCAAACGCCAAAAAUAUCUCCAUCUUUGACAUCAAAUCAAAAAAAUCUAAAUACAAAACAGAAAUCAUGGUUGAACAGGUUGGAAGUUUUGAAUUGCUGUUUGACGGAUGGAAUUCAGAUAUCCUCCUUGAAGCACAUGGAAGUGGCACGAUUCUUAUUGCCCAAGGGAAAGAACUGAAGUUGUAUUCCAUUGCGGGUACACAGAUUGCAAGCUUCCUGGAUCACAAGGAACACAUCGCUGCCAUGUGUGUGGACUCGUUCCGGGUUGUUACUGCAUCCUAUGACCUAUCCCUCAGGGUGUUCACUUGGAAAAAAGAACAAAACAAGGACCUUUCUCUUGAAAGCCGUUAUCAUUUGCUGGGAGGAUCCGACAUGUUUUCAAGGUUUUCCUGCAGGGCUCUGGAUUUUUCAUUUAGGUGCUCUUGGAACCCCUCCUUUGUAUUUUGGCAACAAAGAAAAAAAAAUGUGGAUGUAAAUGCUACAUUCUAUACACAAAUCUAUCAUUUUGACAAUACAAUUAAAUUCAUUAAAAAAUUAUUUAGGUUAUAUUACUUUGCAGUGAAACCUCAUUAGUUUAAAUUCCAAUAGCCAUUUUAAAGCAUUUAAUCAGAGACAGCAACUAGAUUUUUAGCAUAAUUACCUUCUACUUGUGGUCUUUUACACUCACCCAUCAUUUUUUUGUUAAUUAUUCCUUUUUUUCUUGUUCACAGGGGAUUUACACAUGUGGCUUGUGACUACACAAGCAUAGUGGCCUCUGUAGCAGCCAAAGAUGGAAAAGAUGUCUUGAAAGCCUAUUCCUUCAAUGCAUAAGACUUUCUGAAAAACCAGUCAACCAAAUGAACUGUUAAAGUUGUAGGUUAAGAGUUUGGAGGAUUUUGUAAAGGUGAUAAGAAAGGUUUGAACACACCCUCAGAUGAAUUCCUUGUUUUGUAAUGGAAGAGGCUUGCUUUGUUUAAACGUCUAUGUAUUAUAAUAACCUCACAGAUUUUCAGCAAGCCAUUAUACUAGGAUACAUGCCCCAUAUUGCUAACAGCUAUAUAGCUGUAUACUGCCUAUAAGGCAAACAACUUAACACUGCAUUAUGAACACUCCACUAUAGCAGACCUUGCUUACUACAGUAGGCAUGUACAGUUCACCUUGUCUGCUUUUAUUUGUGUGCAACCAGAGUGUAGCCAGCCUCUUGUCAACCACAGCAGAUAAUGUGAGUAAAAUAUUUGAUAAUUCAAA